CGCUGCGCGCUAAUUUGUGCCAUCCGACGCCCGGCGACGCGGCCUUGGAUCCCUUCGCCCCGCCCGGGACCCCGUCGACCACCAAAGAAGGCUGCCCCGCGGGCCCCCGGCACCAUGCCAGCCAGUAUGCUGAGCGGCAGCGUCCACGGCAAGGGCAGAAGGAAACGCAAGCUCUUCACAAGAGUGGUCACGGCUUUGAUUACGUGGUACUUCCUCUGGAAGCGGACCCAGGCGACGGACGACGCGCCCUGGCCCCCGACGCUCGAACAAGUGCUCGACGGGUGCGUGUACUAUGCGACCUCACCCACACGGUGGCUCUCUGACAUGAUGGAGGAUGUGGGAAGGUGGUCGCCGCGCCGGACGCAGGCGGCGCACGGUCUGCUGGCUUUGACGACGCUCGCGAUAGCUAUGAUUAUUGGCGAGGCGGGCCGCAAGCGGCGGCUCAUUGAGAAGCGACCGAAGCGGCGUAAAAGGCCGAAGCCGCCACCACCUUCGAAGAAGCCCGAGGCGCCCGGCGCGGGCUGGGCCCCGGCCCCGAAGCCGAAGCCCGACCUGCCGGACGAGGCGACUUUAAGAAGGAACCUCCAGCAGUACGGCGCGAAUUUAGCAAGGGCCAUGGCGUUGAAGCGGGAGCACGGCGACCUGACGCCGGACCAGGAGAAGCUCCUCGAGGGGAAGUUCGACGAGCUCCGCGAGACGAUCCGCAUGACGGAGGAGAUUUUGGCGCACGUCGUUUCGGUACGAGAGCGCGCCGAGGCGGAGAAGCGCGCGGCGGCGGAGCACCCCCAGGGGUGCCCGUGCUGCGUCGUGAGCGGAGGGUAA